AUGCUCUCGGCGACACGCACAUUCUUCUCCUUACCUGCCCUACCUGCUCUACGAUCUGCUCGAAUGGAUCCCCUCAUAACUGUUCUCGGGGCCACAGGCACCGGCAAGUCCAAGCUUGCCGUGGACUUGGCCUCUCGAUUUAAUGGUGAAAUUAUCAAUGGCGAUGCGAUGCAGAUGUAUCGCGGGCUCCCCAUCAUCACAAACCAGAUCCCAAUCGACGAACGAAACGGAGUCCCCCACCAUCUCCUCAGCUGCAUUGACCUGGACGCAGAAGCGUGGCGCAUAGGCCUGUUCAAGCGCGAAGCCCUCCGAAUCAUAGACGAUAUUCGGUCACGCGGCAAGAUUCCUAUCCUGGUCGGAGGUACACACUAUUAUACGCAAGCAGUGUUGUUUCGAGACCAGCUCGUGGGCGAAGGGGUGGACGACGAAGGCGAGCGCGAGCAGCUCACCGAGUUUAGCUCCACGUCAAAACAAUGGCCGAUCCUUGAUGAGCCGGCUGAUGUUCUGUUGGAGAAACUGCGUGAGGUUGAUCCUGUCAUGGCUGCUCGUUGGCACCCAAAUGAUGGACGCAAGAUCCGUCGCUCGUUGGAGAUUUUUUUCCAGACCGGGCGACCGGCCUCGGAAAUAUACAAUGAACAGAAGGCGCAAAAGAAGGAGGCCCUGACACAGGAUGAAGGACUCCUGCGUUUCCCAAAUACACUGGUGUUUUGGGUCCACUCCGAUAAAGAAAUCCUCAAUGCGCGCCUGGAUGCCCGCGUUGAUGACAUGAUUGAGCAGGGCUUGAUGACCGAGGCGCAGAAAAUGUCAGAUUACUUACAGGAGCAAGCUGCCCAAGGCGUGGAAGUUGAUACGACGCGGGGUGUGUGGGUGUCCAUUGGAUUCAAAGAGCUGGCGAAGUAUUUCGAGGCUGUUCGCCAAGGGGAGCUGAGCGAAAAAGAGCUCGAAGAUAUGAAGCGGAAUUCCCUUGAACUUAUAAGAACGGCUACGCGACAGUACGGAUCUUCUCAGGUUAAGUGGAUUCGCAACAAACUGUGGCGGGCACUUACGGAAGCCGGCGAAACUCGCCGUCUAUACCUUCUGGACAGUUCAAAGGUCCAGGACUGGAGCGAGUGCAUCACGGAGCCGUCCGAGAAGAUUGUGCAAUUGAUGCUCCAGAAUGAAGCCACCCCUGAUCCUAAAUCGCUUUCUCAAUUGGCGGCAGAUGAAUUUGGCGCAAAAGAAGCCCAGGUUCGUCCACCGAAGGAUGGUAUUGAUAUAUGCUAUACCUGCGAGACCUGUAAUAAGACCUUGGCGGGCGAGGAUCAGUGGAAUAUCCACCUGAACAGCCAUAUGCACAAACGGGGUCUCAAGUCUGCAAGCAAGCGAAAACUUCGUGACGAGUACUUCCGACAAAAGGAAUUGGAAGCACUGGAGGGCGCUGAAAACACCAAAAAAGCUAAACAGGCUUCUGAGGAUGCCUCAUGA